UCUAGUUUCACUUUCAUGUUGAUUUGAGAUUUCACCUGCUUUGGUUAAGAACAGAUGAUGUAACGCAAGAUUUUUUUCAUAAUUACUCAUCAGUAGCAAUGUCUUUUCUAAAGCAUCUACAUAAAUUUCAAUUUCACCCAUUUACACGUUCAAAUACGAAUAAAAUAAUAAACUUUUUAUCUGAAAGAACUACAACAAAAACACACAUUGUGUGUACACUCAAAACUUUUCCAGGCCCAUUGAUCUCAGGCACUAACAGUUUAAAGUUUCAACCACUAACACCAGGAUGCAUGAAAUACUUCAAAUAUGGAUUCCAUACAAGUUCCAGAAAGCAAGCAAUUGGGCCACAUCUAUGGGUUGUUGUGAAAUUGGCUAUGAAGGGAGCAAGUAUUAUUAGUGGCAGAGGUUUCAGACAAUGGUGGAAAACCUUACCUGACCAUAAAAGACUUCACUUUAUUCAUCUUUCCAAAAAACAGUGGAAGGAAAUUUUAUUAGCAAUAUCAGGAAUUUCUGUUCUUGGAAGUCUUUAUUACUGGAGCCAUAUACAAGAGGCCCCUAUAACAGGAAGGAGAAGAUUCAUAGCAUUUACAGAUAAACAGUUUCAACGUGUGAUGAGUAUUGAAGCUGAGGAGCUUCAGGAGCAGCUAAAAGAAAAGAUUCUUCCAACAAACCAUCCGCUAUAUCCUGCUUUGUUAAAGAUUGUCCAGCGAUUAUAUUUAGCUAACACAGAUAUUAAAGAAGUAGAGAAUCAGAAGUGGACACUAGCUAUUGUAGAUGACCCUGAUAAUGUCAAUGCAUUUGUUUUACCAACAGGUGAUGUGUUUGUUUACACAGGACUGAUUAAAUUUGUGGAAACUGAAGAUGAAUUAGCAAUUGUAUUAGGACAUGAAAUGGCACAUGCUAUACUCAAACAUGCAGCAGAGUCACUUAGUCAGGCCCAGUGGGUAGAUUAUUUUGUGAUACUGAUUAUGGCAGCUUUGUGGGCUGUAAUACCAUAUGAUGGAAUUGCUUUUGUUUUCAACUGGUUUGUUCACAAAGUAACUAAGUAUAUGUUGCACUUACCACAUAACAGGUUACAUGAAACAGAGGCAGACAAAGUUGGCUUAGAACUAGCUGCUAAAGCAUGUUUUGAUGUGAGAUUUGGAACUGUUUUCUGGAGAAAAUUUGAAUUUAAAGACAAACUUGAAAAUGGAAAGCGUCCAGAAUGGUUAUCAACUCAUCCAGCCAGUGAUAAAAGAGUAGACUUCUUUGAACAUUUUAUUCCUGAGUACAUAGAGAUGAGAAAACAGUGUAGAUGUCCACCAUUAUCAGAAAAAGAUCCAAGAAGAUUACUUCCUCCUCUUAAAGAAAAGAUUGAUAAUCUUAUUACUUCUAAAAGAUCAAGGGGAAACAUCGAAAGAUUAAGGAUUGCACCUGCAAGUCGUAAACCACUACCUUUACCAAAUCAGGCAAACGACCCAUCAACAAGGAACCAACAGACCAAUCAAACAAUUCCUAAUGACAAAGACACAACUGAAAAAGAAAACAUUAUGUCAACAGCUUCUCCUAUCAGGUCAGAUAAAAAUGAUAAACAAGUACCUGAUGAUGGGAUUGUUGAAGCAGAAAGUGAAAAAGCUGUUUCUUCUCCUAAAUUUGUGCCAAAUGUUAUUAUAUCACAGGACCUGGAUAGUAGAGGCAAAAAUAUUCAAGUUGGAAGAAAUGAAGAAGUAAUAGGGGCUUGAUGACUUAUUUAUUAGGUUUAUUAUUAUUAGAUUGUUUUUUUAUAGUUAUAACUAUUAAUGUUUUUUUUUUUAUUAAUUUCCUUUUUGCAAGUGGAAGAUCCAAUUGAUACUAUAAUUGGUAGGUCAAAAUUAAGCACUUGUCAACUUUCUGCUGUUUAAUAAAGCUGUGCAGUGUAGGGCUAUUUGGGGUUGAAUUGUCAAAAGAAUAUUAUUUGAUAAAUCUAUCCUCCUGAAAGGGAUCAAAAAGGUAUAAAUCAGUCAAAUAUCAUUUGGAGUUGGAGUAUAUAAGCUAUAUAUUGCUCUUAGAAAUAGCUCUUCUUUUACAAUUUGCAUUACAAAAAUAUAAAAUUAUUAUUCUAGUCCUGACAGUUUUUUUGGAAAGAAAUAUCUCAGGGUUAAAUUGUUAACACAUAACUUUGUGUCCAGCUGAGUGUCUUUCAUAUUUAUAUAUCACAGUUAAUAUACUAAUUUUAGCAAGUGAAUUUUCAGCAUAGUAUGUGUCUCUGUCACUGAAUUUUUAGAAGAAAUGUACUCAGUACAUUGACUCUUUACUUUUGAAUAAGCAUUAUUUUCAAAUAAUAUUUACAAACUUUUUUGCAUUAUAUAUUGCAAUAUUUUAUACUUUUUCUGACCAUGAUAUUGUGUUAUAUUAUGUGCUGAAUGUUAAAAAGAGUCAAUCAAUCUUAGCACGAAGUGUUAAGAUACUGUUGUACACUUUAGAAGUUAGUUUUCUAUUAUAAAAUUAAAUUGUAAUACAAUUUAUUAUUCAUUUUCAUUUUCUUGCUAUUUCACAUAAGAGUGAAAAAUGUGGUUUAUUUGCAAAAUAUCUAAUAAACCCCCUUUGAAUUAAACUCAUUUUUGCAAAAUUUAUCUCCCCUGGCAAAAAUCAGAGAUUAUUUAUUCAUGAAGAAGUUAGUAAUUUUAGUGUUAUUAAAUGGUGUUUAUAGAUUUAAGGCAUUUUAAAUUCUUUGAACUUUUUUGUAACUUAUAAAAAUGUUAAUAUCAACUUUAAAAGAAACCCAAGCAAAACAAUCAUGAUUGCUGCCCAUUGAUUCUCAAUUGUGUACUCAGUUAAAAAUGUCUAUUUACUUUAAAGGUAAAAUAUUAAUACAUCAGCUCAAAAUGCAUUUAUAUAGAUUGCUGGCCUUGCAUGAUUAACCUUUUUGUUAGGUUCAUAACUGAGUUAGAUUCAAAUGUUAAAGCAAAUAUUUCUGAUAUUUUUUUAUUUUCAAUAACUUGAAGUUAAGUACAGUUCUUUAUCCCUGUUCAUGUAUUUUGGUGAAUACUGUGGAUUCAUUCAUUUCUGUGGGUACAUUGUACUAGUAUUUGUGGGUCGAGUAAAAAUUGUAAAUUAAUAGAUAUUUGAUUUCGUGGUUUUGCCAAAGUCUACCUUGAAGCCUAUAAAAAAUUUGUACUUAGUUGAACCUUUAAAUUUAGUUGUUCACCUAUACCCAUAAAAUCCAUAAAAAUUGGGAACCAAUGAAUGAUAAUGAAUCCACAGUGUUAUGUUAAUGAAGUGAAACACAUAAAUCCAGGAAUGCAGCUGCUUCUGACUAGCCUCAUGCUAUCUUUUUCAAGCAAUUUGAAGAAAUAACUCAUUUCUGCCUGAGGCUGAAUCAAUCUAAGCGCAUUCAAAUAGUUCAUUCCAUUUACAAAGCAGUAAAUGGAACAGUCCUCAUUCCUUCUAUUAUGUCUAUCCAUCAGAGUACAUGGAAUCAGGCUAAUUCAGACAUAAUCUAAUAAUCAAAAUUCAUUCUGAUUCAUAACUCAAGCACAUAUAUUUUUUAUACAUAUUAUAUUUAUUGUUGAUGAGCAGAAAAUAUUUUGUAACUUUAUUUUUUUAACAUGUUAAAAAGAUCAAACAUAAUAUAUUGUUAUGAAAAAUCUCAUCAUAUGAAUCUAGAAAGCUUUUUUGAGCUGUCAUUGAGAAGGUAUGCAGUGUUUUUUAAUUAGGGUUACUAUAUAUUGAAUUCUUUAUGAAAUUUCUACAAUGACAGAUUAGAUUUGCAGGAGUACAUUUUUAACUAGACAUGCAGGUCCUUCUAUCAAACAAAAAUUGUUUUUUGUUUUUUUUUCUUUCCCAUUGCUAUUUGCUGCCUGUAAUCAUUUUUCUUUGCUGGGUGAAGAAAUGUGUUUUACUGAUGGAUUUCAAUAAUGUAUCAUUGUCAAUUGUUUAGUCUUUUAAAGUGACUAAACAAAUGUUGUCCUUAAAAGUUAGUAAUAAGAACUUUUCAGCCAUAAUGUCAAUUUUCACUAAUCAUAUAUUUUCCUUAAUAAAAGAAAUAUACAACAAAAUUAACAAGAAAUUGAGAAAGGAAUCUGUUCUUUUUUUUAAUUAAGCUAUUUAUUGAAAACACAUUAUUAAAAAAAUGCAUUACCUAUGUGAACAUGAAAUUAUAAAGUUUUUGCUUAUAGAUUUUACUCAUAAUCGAAUCAAUGGUUUGGAAAUGAUAUAGAGCAAAGGAAUACCAAUUUUUUAAAGAAUUGGGUAAAGGAUAUUACCAAAACAGUUUAAAGAUUAAAAAAAAAUACAAAAGCAUAGCUCUCUCUUUCUCAAAAUCACCCCAGAAAAAUGAAAUUGACUCCAUAGUUCAUUCUUUCUUUUUUUAAUCAAAUGAAUUUUCUGAACAAAGAAUGAAAUGCAAAUGGACUUUCCUAAUAAAUACAUGUAUUAUGUUAGGCUCUGUCCCCUCAGUCAUGCUCCAUUGACUUCAAAAAUUAAAUAUUAAGUUUUCAGAUUACUUUUGUUUAUAAAAAGCUGUUUAUGAUUAUAUAAAAAUUGAAAUUGAUAAAUGGAAUACUGAUGCAUUAGCAUUCAUUCUCAUCAGUUUUGAGGAGAAAAUAUUAAUCUUUGGUCCCUCAAUCAUCUUUUAUUGACUAUGGACGUUUUGUAAUUGUUCAAAUGAAAAGUUUUCUGGUUAGACAAAUUUAAAGAGAAAUAUUUACAGCAGAAUAUUACAUUGGUAGCAUUGAAUUACAUUGAUUUCCCAGUUAAAUAAAAACCGAUAAUUUCACAUGUGAAAUAAACAUGGUUAUUUCACUCUCUGACGUCAUACAACAAUAGGCGUUGUCAAGACGUCGAUAACUUCGGAUCAAAACAAAUUGGGAAUGCGUGGAAAAAAGAUAUAGUUCCUUACAUUUUCUACAUUAAUUUCAUUAAAAAAAGCCAUUUGCCAAUGUAAUAAAAAGAAUAACUAAUCAAAGAAUUCAAAUAUCGAAAAAUAUUCAACUCGUGACCGAACAACACUGAUAAUUAACUCAAGCGCUACGCGCAUUCGUGAAUUAAUGUGUUGUUCGGUCACUCGUUGAAUAUUUUUCUCUAUUUGAAUUCUUCGAUUAGUUAUUCUAUAAAUAUUUAUAUUUGGUACAUGUAUCAUCCUGUUGCAUUAUUAGUAUAUGAGGCUCUAUCAUGUAGUUAUGCUUCAAGCAAAAGCAUAUGUCAAAGUAAAAACGACAGCAAAUACGGUCAAGCCACAGUAAUAGAGGCCUUGGUGGGCUAGUUGUGGGGGAAGUUAAUUUACAUCUAUUACUCCAUUGAUUUGACCAAACAGGGUAUGGUUUAAAUGGAAUUUUGAUUUUCUGUAUUCAAGAAAAGGUUUGAAGCAGUGAUAUUUGUAUCUUAUCAUAUAAUUACACACCCACUCCAAAGGAGCGGAGGUUACGGCUUACCUUGUCAUUAAAUAUUUGUUUCAUUUUUCUCAGGAUCUUCAAACCAAGACUUUCUGAAAUUUGGAAUGAGCAUGCUAUACUAUGUAAUGCUUCCUGUUUACUAAAUUAUUUAUUAUUUACUUACUUAUUUUUUCACAUAAUGACCAUGUAUGUAAUUUUUGUCACAUUUUACUCAGGAACUACAAAACAGAGCUUUCUGAAAUUUAGUAUCAAGAUUCAUGUGAGCAUGGUAUUUUGUGUGGUGUUUUCAGAUUGACUGUUCAUCAACUUCUUAUUUACUGAAUACUUAUGUAUUCUUCCACAUAAUGCCAAUAUUUGAAAUUUCAGCUAAUUUUUCUCAGAACUACCAGUCAAGGCUUUCCAAAAUUUGGAAUCAACCUUCAUAUGAGCACGCUUUACAGUGUGAUGUGUUUUAACAUCUAUCACUCACACUGUUAACAGAAUACUUAUUGUGGGAGUAUCAUUAGUGAGCAAUAGCUCACAUUUUUUUUUAUGUCUCAAUCAGGGACAGACACAGGAUUUGAUGUUAGGGGUUCGAUAGCCUAGGAAUGGACCUUGGCAAACAUUUCUGACAUUCAUGAAAUAAUAAAUGGUUCUCAUGUAGAGAAAAUGUACAUUUCAGUUGUAAUAUGAAAUUUAUUAUGUGAAGCCAAUUCUUGAAAAAAAUCAGAAUUGAUUAUUUUUAUUCUGUGAUAUUUGAAAGUUACAUAUUUUAAGAGAUUAAUAAAAAAAUAACUUUAAA